UCUUUCUCAUUUUUCAGUAACAAUGACAAACAUUGGAGAAAAAGUUGUGUGCCUGGUCGCUUACCACAUAUUUUUCAUGCUGUUCGUCUGGUCAUAUUGGAAAACAAUCUUUACUCUACCAAUGAAUCCUUCAAAAGAAUUUCAUCUGUCAUACUCGGACAAAGAAUCCCUAGAAAGGGAGCCAAGAGGUGAAUCCCAGCAAGAAGUCUUACGACGAGCAGCCAAGGAUCUUCCCAUCUAUACACGGACAAUGUCUGGAGCAAUCAGGUACUGUGACAGAUGCCACCUCGUAAAACCAGAUCGUUGCCAUCACUGUUCUGUGUGUGACAAAUGCAUUCUGAAAAUGGAUCAUCAUUGCCCUUGGGUGAACAACUGUGUCGGAUUCUCCAAUUACAAAUUUUUUCUUCUCUUCUUGGCUUACUCUCUAUUGUAUUGCCUUUUCAUCGCUGCAACAGAUUUACAGUAUUUUAUCAAGUUUUGGACAAAUGGCCUUCCUGAUACUCAAGCCAAGUUCCACAUCAUGUUUUUAUUCUUUGCUGCUGCUAUGUUUUCUGUCAGUCUAUCUUCUCUCUUUGGGUACCACUGUUGGCUUGUCAGCAAAAAUAAGUCGACUUUAGAGGUAUUCAGAGCACCCAUAUUUCAUCACAGAACAGACAAGAACGGUUUCAGCUUGGGCUUCAGCAAAAACCUAAGACAGGUGUUUGGUGAUGAGAAGAAGUACUGGCUGUUGCCUGUAUUUUCAAGCCUAGGGGAUGGUUGCUCCUUCCCAACUUGCCUUGUUAAUCAAGAUCCUGAGCAAGCCUCCACACCUGGUGGUCUUAAUUCAACAUGCAAAAAUGAGAACCACCUGUUCCCUGCAAAGCCACUACGAGACUCCCAGAGUCACCUCCUUACUGAUACACAUUCCUGGUUGGACAUCGGUGCAAAGGCUGAAAAGAGCAAAGUUGGUAUGAGCAAUCCUGCAUUAACCAUGGAGAAUGAAACCUAGCUUCCCUAAAAAGAAACAUCUGAAUAUUUUAGGAAAGUUCAAGAAAAAGCUGUUGGUGAAAGGAAGAUGGAUUCUUCCAAAAUCAGUCCUAUUGGCCAGCUGCUCCUGUCUACUCCUACGUGGAUGUGCUCAGAAAACAAACUGACAGAUGAUUAGCUGUCUCCAUGCCAUUGCUUGAAAUAUGAAAUUGCUUGAAACAUGCUAUUUUGAAUCACGUAAAGAAUGUUUCAACUUAAAAUUACUAUUUUUGAAUGGUGAAAGGUGAUUCUGAGUACUGGGGGAGGGAAGGGGAAUAGUGAGUUUACUAUUGUAAAAAAUUCUGUGGCUGGUUUUACUUCAAUAUUCAGCACACACAAAAAAGACCUCCUUACAUACCAGCCUAGGUUCUUGCCCUGAUUUUGAAAGUUCAGCUGUUAAUUCAAAUCACUGUAAGUAUUUGACUUACAUCAAAUGUUUGCACUGCUGGCUUGAUCUUGAUAAAGUGGGAGAAUAAUCAUCGUUGAUUAUGGACAAUUUAGUUGCUUGGUGAACUGCAUCUUCUUUUGAGUGCUUAUGCAAUUUUCUGAAGAUAAAGCAACCCAAGUGAAGGUCAGACUGUCCCUGGUACUGUUUUGGACAACAUUACUUGUUAGUUACUUAACUAUUUAAAAGGUUCCCUUUUAAAUAACUUGAAAGGUUGUGGACGCUGGGAAAUCUCCUUUGAUAAUUGAAUGCUUGUGAGUCUCUGAUAAGUGAGUGAUUAAAAAGCCCACAUUCAGAAGGAUAUUAUGUAAGUGAAGCUGCACAGGACAAUCCUACGAAAUUGGGAUUUUAUUCUCCCAAUUAGAGCCUUCAUCCCUUUAAGAAAAGGAAGGCUGGCACCUCACUCGAACCAAAAGGCAUUUGGUUUUGUUAUUGAUGUUGGUUUUGUGUGUGUUUUUUGUUUUUUAACAAAUCUGUGUUCAUGAUGGACAUUGUCUUUCAAAUUUCACUUCUGCUUAAUUGAUGGCUGUCUCCUAUUUUUUACUUGUUCUUUAAGGCACUGCAUUUCUGACUGCAUAAAUUAAUUAAUAUCAUCUGUGAUCAAGGAGACAUUGUUGUAACUUAUGAUAUUUGCAGUUAUGGGACAAUGAACAUUUGACUGUAAUACCAAAACACCAGACUGCUGCACGUAGGAAGCCCCCCCUCCAUUAAGCUGGAGAUAGACAGCAGCUUUCUUAACAUCUGAGUUAACCAGUCAGAUAAUGAAAGAUAAGAUGUAUUACCAACUGCAAAGCCAAGGAAGUUUCUGCAACACAGAUCUAAUUGUCUCGUGCCUUUUGUAUACACUACAUUUAUGGUAUCAGAGUUUACAUUUAAAUGCAAAGUAUUUGUUCUUCUGAAAAUAACAAGAAGGAAUUUAGUUAUGCUUUUCAGGUGGAAUCACAGUGUAAAGAUUCCAGUUUGUUGAAGAAGAGCAAGCCCAUUUAGAAUACUGGUAGCAAGACUAAGUGAUGGAUCUCUGAAAGGAAAAAUCUUUUCAUUAACCCUUCUACAGGCAGGUAACUUUCUUUUGUUUCUUCUGGGAUUACAACUUAAGUGGUAAGUGCUGGAGCACAAAUGUGGCUUUUUUUUUUUUCUUGUGAGGAAAAAAGUAUAGCUUUUUUUUUUUCUUUUACUCUCAAAAUAUUAGCAACUGAAACCAUCUGAUUCUUGCCAGAAGUGCCAGAGUAUGGAUCCAUUGCUGUAGAACACUUUUUAAAAACUAGCAUUUAGGUAGCACAUGGUUUACAUGAUGCCUGCAGACAUCCUCGUAACCAAAACUUUUCCACAGCUAUUUAUUUGGUGUUGUCUUAUCAGCUUAGUUUUUAUUAGUGUUUGUUUAGGGGUAAAGGGGAGAGAAAAAAAAAUAUAUUUUUGACACUUCAAGUUCUCUGGCUGUAUAGUCUUGUUUUUUUAUGCAGCCAGGGUGAUUUGUUGUGGAGCAUGCAUUUGAAAAGAGUAAAAAGUUGAAAUUCAGCUUUAAU